AUGGACCAAAUUUCGCAUGAUUUUGAUGAGAUUCCUGGUCAUCAACGUAAGGAUGGAACUAUGCCAACUGCAGAACAGAUUUCUCACUCUAUUGAUUUGAUCUUCCAACAGGAUCAAGACAAACUGAAAUUCGCUUAUAAAGACCUAGAAAAAAACGAACAGAAAUCAAACUUCAUUUACCAGGACCCAUUCACUAGAUUUUUGAUGGAAAUUGGCCGGGAAAAUGCUUCGAAGUUUACCAAAAUUGUCAUUCAGGGAAAAUUUAACUGGAUCAUCGGUAAAUGGCAGUACACGAAGUCUAUUCCAGUCGGACUUCAUGACCUUCUUCCAAUUUAUACUAUUAUUUUCAAAGAAGUUUGUGAAAACAUUCAUACCCUAAUUUUGCAUGACGACGACCGGGGCUAUCCUCAAAUAAAGCGGCUGGAUCCGCGAGUUAUGGACAGGGACCAGCAAAUAAAUGAGUCUGUAGAGAAACUUGUUCAUGCGCUUCCAUAUCUUCAGAAACUACAAUUGGGCCGAUAUGAAUUCGUACCAGCCGGGUGUGGAUAUGAUCCGGAUACUCCUGGUAGUGAUAUCAUAAAAUUGGUGCACCCAGAGGACGAGUGGGGGAUGGCUUUGAAGUGGAUAGGAUUCGUUGAACGACGUGCCCAGAGCCGCACACUGGCAGAAUCAGAACGCGAAGAGAGAAAGGAGAAUGGGGGAAAAACCACGAAGUUGAUGAGUUCGAGGUAG